CUCUCUCUCUCCGGUGUGAUCCAUGUCGUCGGAGAAGCUCACCCGAGUUGCCAUUGUUGAGGCUGAGCGGUGCAAGCCGCGUCGUUGCGGCCUCGAGUGCAAGCGCAACUGCCCCGUUGUUCGCAUGGGCAAGUUGUGCAUCGAGGUGACGUCCAAGUCGAAGAAGUCGUGGAUCUCUGAGGAGCUCUGCAAUGGAUGUGGUAUUUGCGUGCGCAAGUGCCCGAUGAAGGCGAUCACGAUCAUCAACUUGCCGAAGAACCUGUCGAAGCAGACGACGCACCGGUACGGUGCCAACUCGUUCAAGCUCCAUCGGCUGCCGACGCCGCGUGCGGGGCAGGUGCUGGGGCUUGUGGGGACGAACGGUAUUGGCAAGUCGACGGCGCUCAAGGUGCUGGCCGGCAAGCAGAAGCCGAACCUGGGCGACUUUGAGGACCCGCCGGACUGGGAAGACAUUCUGCGGUACUUCCGCGGGUCGGAGCUGCAGAACUACUUUACCAAGAUCCUGGAGGACGACAUCAAGUGCGUGGUCAAGCCGCAGUACGUGGACCACAUUCCCAAGGCGGUCAAGGGUACAGUGGGCUCGAUUCUGGAGGCCAAGUCUGAGCGGGACAACGAGGCCGAGCUCAUCGAGCUCCUGGAGCUGGAGGAUGUGCAGCAGCGUGAUGUCAAGGCGCUGUCAGGUGGCGAGCUGCAGCGGUUUGCCAUUUGCGUGGUGGCGGUGCAGGAGGCGGAUGUGUACAUGUUUGACGAGCCGUCGUCGUACCUGGACGUCAAGCAGCGUCUGACUGCGGCGCGGGUGAUCCGCGACCUGGUGAAGGACGACUCGACGUACUGCGUGGUUGUGGAGCACGAUCUCUCGGUCCUUGACUACCUCUCGGACUACGUGUGCGUGCUGUACGGCAAGCCCGGUGUGUACGGCGUGGUCACCAUGCCGUACUCGGUCCGCGAGGGCAUCAACAUCUUCCUCGCCGGCUUUAUCCCGACGGAGAACCUGCGGUUCCGCAACGAGGCGCUCACGUUCAAGGUGGCCGAGACGGCCGAGGAGGACGAGGCCGACGACUCGCGGUUCCGGCGCUACUCGUACCCGUCGAUGGUCAAGACGUUCCACGACAAGAAGACCUCGUCGAGCUUCAAGCUCAACGUCGAGGCUGGUGAGUUUACCGAUGCCGAGAUUGUCGUCAUGCUCGGCGAGAACGGCACAGGCAAGACCACGUUCAUCCGCAUGCUCGCGGGCCUGCUGCAGCCGGACGACGAGUCGGUCAACGUGCCCGAGCUCAACGUCUCGUACAAGCCGCAGAAGAUCUCGCCGCGCUUCAAGGGCACUGUCCGCCAGCUGCUUACCAAGAAGAUUCGGACAAAGCUCAUGACGCCGACCUUCCAGGCCGAGGUCAUCCGCCCGCUCCUCAUCGAGGAGAUUAUGGACCAGAUGGUGCUCAACCUCUCCGGCGGUGAGCUGCAGCGCGUCGCCCUCACGCUCUGCCUCGGCCACCCGGCCGAUGUCUACCUCAUCGACGAGCCGUCGGCGUACCUCGACUCGGAGCAGCGCAUCUCUGCCGCCCGCGCCAUCAAGCGCUACAUCAUCCACGCCAAGAAGACCGCCUUUAUCGUCGAGCACGACUUUAUCAUGGCCACCUACAUGGCCGAUCGUGUCGUCGUCUACUCGGGCCAGCCGGCCGUCGAGGCCACCGCCAACACGCCCGAGUCGCUCCUCACCGGCAUGAACAAGUUCCUCUGCUCGCUCAACAUCACCUUCCGCCGCGAUCCGGCCAACUACCGCCCGCGCAUCAACAAGCUCGGCUCGGUCAAGGACUCGUCGCAGAAGUCGUCGGGCAACUACUUCUUCAUGGACGACGAAGACUAAGCGUCACAAUAACAUCAUCACCGCAGUGCGA